AUGAAACAAAUAUUCAUAUUAUUUCACCUUGCACUUUUUGUUGCACUUGCCUUGUCAGAUAACCUAGCUAGUACUGUAGAGUCUGGUCAUCUCAACCUUGGAUUUACUGGUCAAUGGGGUUGUUUAGCCAUCAAUGGUUGGAUUCCCCAUACUGCGGACUUCCCUGAAGAUUUCUUAUUUGGACAGAUUCGCUACAGAUCAGGCUUGAUAAUAGAGGCAGAACUAGUAGCAGAUGAUAACGAUCCACUCCUCUUUGCAACACUUAUCAACUUCAGUGACAAGGCAGCGUGGAAUCAAAUCUUGAAAGAAACUCCCAACAACAAACUGCUGAACAACAACAACAACAACAACAAGGGUGUCCACAAACUUCGCAACACAUUCAUCCUCCAACGCUUUCAAAAAUUGGAUAGAUCGUACCCCAGUGGAGCAUUUUGGCACACCGAACAAGUAAUCAUGAGAUAUUUUGAAAGAGACAACACCAAACAUUUACUCAUCAAAGCCAAAUCAAUCGAAAUCUACACCUAUCACUUCCCAUGUAUCUUCUGCACAUCAUUGUUUACCAACAGCAAACUCCUUUCUCGAUCUCAAGCAGGAAAGAUAUUGUCGUUCUCUUAUCAAUACGAUAUCGAUACAAUUCAUUUGCGCAAUCUUCGCACACUGUCACAUUCAGGUUGGACAUUUCAAUUCGUGGCAACCAAUGGAUACCCCCAUACCUGGAACCAGUUGAUCAUUCAGGAACUGUUGGCCAGCCCCCUAUUCACACAUGUUGCUGGCAAUGACCAACAAAGACGGCUUUCAGCCGACUACCUCCUCUACACCACUCUACAAAUUUUUUAUGGACCACUUUUGGACUACCCAAGAUACAUCAGAGAACCUCAGAUUUGGAUAUGGUUGCAAAGGGCAUUGGAAUCUAAGGAUGACACUGUUAUCAAACAAUAUCUCCUCAACAAGGGAUUUAACAGUGAAAUCCUUUCUCAAUGGAUUGCUAUCAUUGACAUGACGUCCAGGGUCGAAUGUGAUAGAAUUCAAACAAUUGAACAUUCUUCGUAUCCUGGCCAGGUAUUAUAUUUAUAUCAAAAGGCACUACCAAUUGUGGAGUACGAAGAUGACAGAAUUGGAUAUGCACUGACACAGUUCGUUAGUUGUGAAGAAGGGUUCACCGGAAUGUUCUGUCACCUAUUGGAUGGAGAAAAUCAAAUACCAGAUCACCCUGUUCCUCAACAACCUCACCUUUGUCAACAAAACGUUGCGCGAACCUGGCAAGAUACCAGAGCCGGAGGAUAUUCAAACAGUUCUAGGACUCCACAAACAAUAUGU